AAAGAUUACAAGGAGGAGCAAGAAAUAUUUUUACCAUUUUAACCAUCUUUUAAUGGAGAUGUUAUAUAACCAGUGUAGCAGCUGGUUGUUUUCAUAUAAGUGUAUGUACACUAUUUCUCAUGUUUUGCCAAUUUAACAAAGAUUACCAGAUAUUUCAAUAUUUUAUAUGGAAUUAUAAUAUUUUACAUACAUUGAUUGUUGUGUGCCAAAGAGCACGUGUGAUGGUUAUACUUUGUCCUUUUUAUAUGAGGCUUCAUAAGUACUAGCUAUUACAGAUCAGGAAAAUGCAGCAAAAACUGUAGACACAGACUGUAGACAUAUCAUAGUUGUUGAGCUAUGAAGUUGUGUUUAAAUAAAUUAAAACAUUUUUUUAACAGGUGUACAAAGUAAAGGCUGUAGUAUGUAGUAUAAACAAAGCAGAAAGACAUCAUUUAUCUUUAUAUGUAUAUCUUAUAAAUGGGCAGGAAGAUCAAGAAGAGUUUAUUUCCAAAGUGACUAUAUACUUACAGUAAUACAAAGUUUAACGUGCAAUAGUAGUUUAUCUAAUUUUGUUUGUGUUUGUUUUGUUAUUCCAGAAUGGCACUCCAUCAAUUGUUGAUGACCAAGCCAGACACCCCAUAUUUCAGACCACCACAGUUACACAUUUGUGUGGUGGCAGUGGCUGACAGGCCCAAGGUGGUCUCCUGGAAAUUUCAGGAAGAUACAGCAUAUCCAGCUGUAGUCAAAUCAAAUAAAGUUGCAGCAAUUUCUGAUGGUCACUCUGUUAGCAAAAUAACAGUGUUUGAAGAGUUUGCCUCCCGAUUUACAGAGGGUAAAUCAUACAUCCUGAAAGGCCACAACCUGAUGGGCAAGGAACCCCCGUACACCAUCGCCAUUAACAAAAAGAGCUUGUUUUUUCGCACUGGUGCACUGCACAUUAAUGAAGAUCUAAAAAAAGAGGCUGCAGAACUUAUUUACCCUAGCUCAAUUGAGACCAACUUGGCAGAUUGUGAACAAAGUCAAGGGCUUAUAACUGUACAAGGAGAGAUAGUUGGGGUGUCUGCGCUAAAAUGCAUUUGGAGAGGAAGAGAAGCGAUACCACUGAGGAACAUUCUUUUGCAGAAGGAAUCAAGAAAAGUUUCCUUAUCCCUGUGGCGAGAGGCAUCAGUCUCAGAACACCUGCAGAUGGGAUCUUCUGUCAAACUAUCUCAUCUGAAACCUGCAAACUCUGAUUAUGGCUUUAAUCUGAAAUCGACUAACUUUACAAAGAUUGAGGGAUAG